UUCAGCCAGUAUCAUUCUCUCUCCAGCAGUGAAUGCAAUCGGUGCAGUGUCUAUUUUUCCAAUCUGCGUGUUAGGAAAGUGAAAUUAAAAAAAAAUCAAUCUAAUUAGAUUACCAAGGAACAAAGUGAUACGCAUAUUGCGAAACAAAAACAAGAUGAAAAGCCUCUGGCUUGUUCUAGCUGGUAUAUUGCUGGCGAUAGCAACGGUUUCGGCAACACCAGUGAACACCGGCGGUGGGCACCUGCUUGGCGCAAAGGAAUGUACCUGGGGUCCAACCUAUUGGUGUUCCAAUUUGAGGAAUGCCAAGGGCUGUGGCGCGGUAACGCACUGCAUCCAAACGGUGUGGGAGAAAAAGAAGUACCCCGUUGAUAACGAUGAAAUCUGCAACAUUUGCCUGGACAUGGUCAAACAAGCGCGUGACCAGCUGGAGAGCAACGAAACCCAGGCCGAUCUGAAGGCCGUCUUCGAGGGAUCUUGCAAUCUGAUUCCGAUCAAGGUGGUGAAGAAGGAAUGCAAGCAGUUGGCUGACGAUUUCAUUCCCCAGCUGGUGGAGGCUUUGGCUUCGCAGAUGAACCCGAAUGUGGUUUGCAGCGUUGCUGGACUGUGCAACAAUGCGGAGAUCGACAAGAUGUUGGAGGAAAUGCCGGCCGUUAAGCCGAAAGAGCAGGUCGAUGUGGAUGAAUCAACCGGCGUGAGUGCGGAAGCGUUGGAUGAUUUUAGUUGUGACAAGUGUGACAAAAUCGCUGGUAUGAUCUCCGAUCGGUUUCACGCAAGUGAUCGGGACGAGGUGUUGGAAGGCUUUCUCAGGUUCUGUGGCCGAAUGGGAUCAUUUUCGGAUGGCUGCUCGAGCAUUCUUCUGACUUACUUCAACGAGAUUUACAAUCAUAUGACGAAGCAACUGAACGCGGAAAAUGUCUGUCAUAUGUCGGGAGUAUGUUCCGCCCGGUUCCACCAGCACGAGGAAAGCGAACAAAUUGAAAUCCGUCCGAUGGGAGGCGUUGGCGUGAUUCGAGUGGAUGACGAACAGAUGGGUGACGACAUUCCUUGCAAGCUGUGCGAGCAGUUGGUUGACCAUCUGAGAGAUGUGCUGAUAGCGAACACAACUGAACUCGAGUUCAAGCAAGUGCUGGAAGGUCUCUGCAAGCAAACCAAAACCUUCAGCAAAGAGUGUCUGAGUCUGGUCGAUCAGUACUAUGACGAAAUAUACAACACGCUGGUCCACAAUCUGAACAGCAACGAUGCAUGCUUCAUGAUUGGAGUUUGUCCAAAGGGAUUAGGCAAGGUACUUGAUGGUCCCAUUAUGCCAAUCGUUCCCGUUAAGGUAGCUGUUAGACAUGAACAGAAUCAACCCCCACGAAAGCAGCUUCUAGGUGAAAACGAACCGAAACUGUCGGCCGUAGAGAUUCAGCAGGCUCAGCUACCGAUUGACCGCUUGAUGGGAGCACCGCUGUCACUUGGUUUGGUCAACAACGGAGGCCUGUGUACUCUUUGUGAAUACUUUAUGCACUUCGUCCAGGAAGCUCUCAGCGAACCGGCCAAUGAAGAUGAAAUCAAAAACGUUGUUGGAACCACCUGCAACAAGCUUCCCAAAGCAAUUAAGGGCGAGUGCCACAACUUUGUCGAUUUAUACGGCGAUGCUGUCAUUGCUUUGCUGAUUCAAUCGAUUGACCCACGACAAGUUUGUCCCCAGCUGCGGAUGUGCCCUGCAGCCAAUGCAGACAUUGAGAUCUUUGCCCCAGCCCAAAUUGACGUAACGAUCGAUGCCAACGCUGGAAAAGAUAAGCCAACAUGUCCACUGUGUCUCUUCGCGGUAUCUCAGCUGGAAGAGAAUGUCAAGGACAACCGAACCAAGGAAAACGUUCGACACGCAUUGAGCAAACUAUGCUCGCACCUCUCACCCAAGCUGAAGUUGGAAUGUAAUGAUUUCGUGGACACAUACUCCUCGGAACUGAUCGAAAUGUUGGUAUCCGAUUUCACCCCGCAAGAAAUCUGCGUCUAUCUCAAGCUAUGCGUUGACCAACGUCCCGAUUUGAGCCUGCUGAAUAUGGAGUUCGAGCAUGAAAAUCGUCAACAGAACCACCAUCAGCAGCUGCCCCCCCGGUACGAUAUUGAGACGAACGAAAUCCCGGAUAUCACGGUCAACGGACAGAUCACCGUUGAUCACGAGCCAACUGUCAUCACGCCCGAAUGUCUCGUUUGCGAGGAAAUGGUCAAGGCGGUUGAGAAGCGGGUAAGAAACAAAAAGAGCAAGGAACAGAUCAAAGACGCUCUGGAACAUGCCUGCGAUCGGCUGAAGAAGUACAAGACGAAGUGCGAGCGCUACAUCGACGCGCACAGUGACCAGAUUGUGGAUCUGCUAAUGAAGCAGCUGUCGCCGAAGGAAAUCUGCCGGGACCUCGGGUUCUGUAUUGCGAAGGAAAUCGAUGAAUGUUUUUUUCUCUUUGCAUUUUUCAAUUAUGAACCAAUUCCAUUCAGCAAUUGGUCAACUCCUCCCAUGCCAGUUCAGAUUCCCUGUAAUUAUGACAUUUGUAGAUACGGUCUGGAGGUUGACGAAGCCCUGCUGGACUACGUGGUCGAACCUGCGGUCGUAGAAACUACCAUUGUGGAUCUGGAAACCAAAAAACCAGGCGACGCCGCGUCUCAGCCUCCACAGUGUGCCAUCUGCGAGUUCGUAAUGAUCAAGCUGGAAUCGGAGCUGUCGGACAAAAAGACCGACCAGAACAUCGAGAACAUCGUUCGGUCGGUUUGCUCCAAGAUGCCAAACACUGUGUCGAAGCAGUGCAGCAAUCUGAUCGAUGAGUAUGGUGAGUUCAUCAUUAAAUUCUUGGCCACAAUUCCCCCGCAGGAGAUCUGCAAAAAGUUGUCUCUUUGCUGGAAGGAGCUCCAGGAGCUGGAGAAUGUCAAUGCGGAAGUUGUCGAAUGUGCCGUCUGUCAGGGAGCUACCGAAGCCAUCGAGGGCAUGCUGCGACAAGACUCGUCGUUUUCUUCCGAUCUUAUGAAACACGUUGAUAAGAUUUGUAACAACCUUCCGGCCCACUACUAUCAACGCUGCGAUACGUUGGUUUCUGUUUACGGUGUCAGUAUGAUGCGUCAGUUAAAGAACCACGUCGAGAAGGAACAGGUUUGCGUCAAUAUGGGACUGUGCGGAAAUACAUCCGGUUAUGUGCGAUUCGAAGACGAAGUUGCAAAGAGCGAUCACGUCGAAAGGAAGCACGAGCAUCUGGUAGGAGCUCAAGAGUGUACCUGGGGACCUAGCCACUUCUGUUCCAGCGAGGAAAUUGCUCAGAGGUGCAAUACCAGCAAAUACUGCUCCGAAAAGAAGCUCGGCAAAUGGCAGAAUUAACGAGACAGAUUUGGAAUACAGAUUUUUUUUUUUAUAUUUAGAAGAAGGGAAGAGCUUACGAAUGUAAACGAUACCAAGAAGUGCUAUAAUUCGAUUUAAGUUGUCCUAUCUGAUAGAGUUUCUUCUUGCAUAUCGAGUUUGCGAUGCAACAGUGAAUGUGAUUGAAGCGAGUGAUUUUGUUUCGUCGUCUGAGGGGAUGUAUUAAGAAGAGGAAACAAAAUUUGAUUUAAAUUGAUUGUGUUGUAGAAAAAGAAAAAAAAGCAUCGAAACAAAUUACAAGUGGGUCAAAAUAUAUAUCCUUUCUUAAUUAGGCUGUUGAUAUAAGUUAUCUGUGAAAUAUUUUGUAGAGAACAAAAACAAAUUUUAAUAAAAAUAAAACAUUUCUAUCAAUUGGA